CGCUAUUCGCUAUUCGGGUUUUCCAGACACCCUUCUAACAACCGCUGUAUUCAAUAUUCCGCGCUGCCGUAAACCAUGCGCGAACAUAUCGUGUAUUCCCCUUGCUACCGAUCGAGAGGAGGGACCAAGUGCUUUUUCCUAACCUUCGUAUUGGGUGCAAUGCAUCACAGAGAACAUUCAAAAAUCGGAUCUACGAAGGUCUACGAACAGUCUGCGAACACGGAUGAGUUUUCCGAUCGUUAUUUCCGGAAGAACAAACGGAACCGAAAUAGAGCCGAGAUACCGGAAACGACAAGAGGAAAGUCAAACGAAAUCCUUCGCAGUCUAACGUCUUUCAAACUAAGUCUUCUAUUUUGGUGAGCCGCAAGAAAUGGCAGCCUUAUCUCAGUCUGAAGAUAAUUCUGAUUGUGUUACUUCAAGUCCAAGGAAAGAAAAUGAACUCUUUAUGCCAAAAGAGACGCCUGAUCAGCGAUGCGAUGUCAUUUUGGUGGUCGAAGAUGGCAAAGAAUUCAAAGCUCAUAAACAAGUUCUUUCAGAGGCAAGUCCCUUCUUUGAAAAACUGCUAAACAGCGACAUGAAGGAGUCCAGAGAAGGAAUUGUUCGUUUGGAGAUGUUUUCCGAGUCUGCUAUGAGAAAUACACUGCAGUUUAUUUACACGAGUGAUGUUCCGAUAUUAGCGGAAGAGAAUGCCCAAGACCUUGUCGUUUCAGCCGAUUAUUUAUUUCUUCCGGGCUUAAAAACGCUCGCUGAGGCAGCUUUAGUAAAGAUGUUGAAUACUUCAAAUUGUAUUUCAGUUUACCAUGUUUCCCAGAGAUAUCAAUGCGAAGAACUUUUGGCCAAGAGCAAAAAGUGCAUCCUUGCAAAUUUCAACGCUGUAUACGAAACGAACCGUGAAGAGGUUCUUAAUAUGUCGAGCAAAGAAAUGGAAAUGUGGCUUUCAAGUGAUGAAAUAAAUGUUGGCGCCGAAGAAGACGUGUUUAAGAUUAUUCUAGCAUGGAUUGAUCACGACAGAUACAAACGACAGAAAUAUUUCGCCGAGUUAUUUGGUCACGUUCGAGUUGUUUUUGUAUCGCGUGACUUUCUACCCAGUGAUAUUCUAAAGAGUGAUUUGGUGAAAGACAAUGAAUGCUGUCUGAAUCGUGUGGUGGACGCUAUAAAUUUAAUUGACUCACAAAACUAUGGUAAUUUGUCCAUUGCACCUAGAAAGUCGCUCGAGACCUCUGUUAUGGUUGUCAUAAGCUCAGUAACCCGUAAUAACAGCUGUAAGCAGAAUGGUCAACCUAUUUUGUGUUAUUUUCCUGGUGAGGGUAGAUGGUGUAAGCUAGGUGAAAUGCCCCGUCAAUAUCCGAAGAAGGGAGGAUUGAUCUUUCGCCGGGGUAAACUGCAUUCACUUCAACAUAGGUCUCUAGAUACACUUGGAUUUGCAAGCUAUGAUUUAUAUUCAUACUCAGUGUCUGUUAGCGGGCUACCAGACAUAUGCAUAGAUUUUGCCAUGGUAUUAGAAGAAAUAUUUGUUGUCAAUGACGAUGAAAUAUACGCUCUGGUGUGUGGAAGACGAGAUGUGGACUACAGAGUACGCCGGGAUGUUAGAAGCGAAGAAAGGAGGAAAUGUAUUUACUCCAUUAUAAAAUACAAACAGGAUUCAAACUCGUGGGAAGAUGUAACUUCACUUGAUCAUUUGCCGGACGCAAGAUAUAAUGUUUGCAUUGUAGCCAAAGACGAUUUUGUCUAUUUUAUUGGCGGUAAAGAAUGGAUUGUUGCAGAAACGGGUGUGUAUGAAAAGCUUACACUCUGCACUGAUGUUUACAGGUACAAUAUUAGCAGAAACCAAUGGGACAGGGUGGCUGACAUUCUACGACCGAAAAUGGACCUGAGCGGAGCUGCAUGUAACGGAAGAAUAUUCAUCACUGGAAAGGUUGAACUGGGAAUGCACGAAACAUCAAUGUGAAGUAUACUGUGAAACAACAAAUGAGUGGCAGUUUAUUGCAAGCUUGGACAUCAGACCAGGAGAAUAUCCCAAGCUUUUGUCAUUCGAUGACCAACUGUAUGCUCUUGGCUGCUGGAUGUUUUAUAGACCCGCUUCACCACUAGAUACAAAAGUAGAAUGUUAUGAUCCAGUCAAGAAUGAAUGGAUCUGGAAAACUGACAUACCCAUCCAAACGGCUCCGAAUAUCACAAGUGCUGUGAACGCUUAUUCGGCGAGAAUAUUCAAAGGCUUCCUCAGCAAUCAGCAACUGAAAAGCAUCAAUUCCGGGAGAUAUUUUUAUCCUUCCUCGUCAACAAAAGCGAAAGAAGGCAAAUGUGUCAUCGUAUGAAUGAAAAGCCAUCCACUACUUAGCUGCACUCAAACUGUUGUAGUUCACGGAUUUUACAAUAUGUACACCACGCGGACCUACUUUUUCUUAGUUUCUCACACGUGGCCACAAUCGAACUACAUUGUGAUUCAUUGAAAUUUUGGUAACUAGUGAAACGAUAGCUAUUCCAAACUGGGCUUUUUUUGACAUUUAAGAAAAGAUAUUGCAGGAAACUUUGCACUAACUUGUUAAGUCCUGUCCUUGUCUUCCCUAAAGUCAUCAAAUUUCCCCCAACUUCUAACAACCACUGUAUUGUUAACUGAUGAACAUUUUGUCAGAUGAUCAUCUAAUAAAGACAAUGUCUGCUCGUGUAUAUAUUCAGAUGUUUUCAACUUUUUGUUUGUUUUCUUUCUGCGCCUGGUGUUUGCCGUAUUGCGGGGCGUCUGCUGUUUCCUUCGUCUGGUAUAAAAAACGCUCUGAGCUCUCAAUUCGUCGUUCACUGAGAUGUACAAAGGUGAAUAGUUAGUGACAAUGAAUUACAUGUAACCGUCUUCUGUCUGACUUUAAACUGACACGCAUUGCCAUUCAGACGCAGGCAGACAAAUCAUUCGUCUCAGGGUUGGAAUCUAUUACAUCCAGCUUAAAUCUAUCGAUUUUGCGAAUGUUUUCAUUUUAGCGUUAGCCUCGAAAGGUAUUUUCAGAUUUUGCUUAAGAGUUUGAUCUGCUAGCCACAUAUAAGACAAUUUCUUUUGGGGCCAUACAGCUAACCCAUUUUUGCCUUAAACAAUUGUUCGCUUUGAAAGAAAACGAAAUCAAAACGGCCGCCUCUAAAACCUAGCUAAAACUGUACUUUGCACAAAUGAAAAUGUUUACUCGCCAUACUCAGCCAUAACCUUACUCUGGGAGGGAUUUUAUGCGUCUAGUGUAAAAACGUUCAAGAUCUCAAUUCGUCGUUCAAGAUGCACGAAGGUGGAGGGUUCGUGCCAAUGAAUAAAUCGCCCUCUGCCUCACUUUAUACACAUACGUAUUGCCACACAU